AUGAAGGCCACCGCGGCCCUCGAGGGCCUCACAUCUCAGAGUCAGAGGCUGGCUACCCUCGACAUCUAUCGCACAAAUCACAACGCGUUAACAAGCGACUUGACAACCCGCCUCGAGGAGCUGACGGCGAACAUGGAGAAGACACAGAGCACCCUCAUCCCUGCAAUCUCGCGAUUACACCAGAUCCUACGCGACGCCGACCAGGUCUUACGCGACGCGGACGAGCAGAUACGCCUGAAUAAGGCUAUGACGGCGCCCUGGAGACGCCUGCCGCCCGAGAUUCUCGCUGAGAUCUUCGUGUUCGUGGCCCCUACUCCACCGCCCCCCAUUGAGCUUCCAUGGGAACGUUUCUCUAAUCGGUAUCAUCGGUAUCACUUCGCGGACGUCUGUCGCGUGUGGCGUUCCGUCGCGCUCGACACUGCGCAGCUGUGGUCCAGUCUAUGCUCCAAGGACGGGGUAACGGCUCUCGAGUGCAAGCUUCGGCGCACGAAGCAGAGCCCUCUCAACCCCAACAACGUCGGCUGCCUCCCAGACUCCGUCUCGUGCGCGGCACUAGAGACGUUGGGAGCCCUUCUGGGGCCGGUAGUGAGCGCCGAUGACGACAAUCAGCCAUCUAGCGAGGUCCUCCUCUUCAGCGAUCUGCGCGAUGCACUGAAUGUCCGUCGUGUGGACUUGGAUAUUUGCUACAGCAACCCCGUUCGCUCACGCUUCCCAGAAUGCUGGAGGCUAUCCUAUAUGAGCCUGUGCAUGUACGAUUGCAGUGAUCCUGCCUGUCUUCUACUGGAGCUACUGGAGCAAGUUACACCGACGCUGGAGGUGCUGAAAGUGGAACUUUUGGAAUGUGACGCUGUAAUACCGCAUUCAUUCCCCUAUCACUUCUCAAGACUCCGCGAACUCCACUUUUGUCGCGACGGUUUCACCUGUCUCGGGUUCAUCGAGGCACCCGUUCUCGAGUUCAUGCGCUUGAGAGAAUUCCUUGUCGAUUCAGAACAAUCAGAUGCUUUCCUACAAGCGCUCGAUAAUGUCUCGCAAUCCGAAGUGCUCUCCAAGCUCGCCAUCGACGACGCAUAUCCUGACUCUACUGUGCUCAAAAUCCUCCGAAAGCUUCCGCAACUAGAAUGGCUUCGUCUGGAGUCGAACGAUCAAUGGGAAUACGAUCUUGCAAGCGAGAUAUUCGAUGGUCUCACGCGUGGUGGUGUCCCUGUCGACGGCGUCGAUACCCCACCCAAUGCACUAUGCCCACUUCCCAACCUGCGCUAUCUCUCCAUCGACUUCUCACUCCCCGACAAUGAUGCGGACGAAGUCGUGGAAUCGCUCCGCAGAUUGGCGCUAUCCCGGCAUCCGAGCGUUUCCGACCAGGAAGACGAGGAGGGGGUCUCCCUGCGUCCUCUGGACGUCUUCUACGCCAAUGCGUAUACAGCAGACGAGGAUAUUGAUGGAGAUUUGAUACCGACAUGGGGCGAAUUCCAAGGUCCGGAGUACGGCUGGAACUGUUUUCUCGAAUGUAACCUGAAAUCUGCGCGACCGCGUGCGGACCUUCGACUACCCUUGGCGACUUUCGCCUUCGACUUCGACUUCGACUUCGCCUACUACACCCGAGCCUUCCAUUGGCCCCGACCUCGGCACCUGUCGAGCCCGAUGGUUACUGAGUACAGGCCCGCGUCCGAGUGCGCCUCUCAAGAGCAAGCUUUACAGGAGCACGCGGACGCACCUCCUCUCUUGACCGAUGCCGUCGCGUCGGACGCGGAGGGUGGUCUUCGCGUAGACGAGAAUGGAGGACCCCACGCAGAUGAAGGUGACGUAUGCGUACCCUCGUCCAUCACUGACACGUUAAAGAUUGAGAAGUCCAAGCUCGUCGUUGAGACUUGGCUCGGGCAGCAGGACGAGCAGCAAACGCGGUGCGUCAAUGCGCAGUCCGAUGCUGAAAGCAGCACCGAAGGACCGCGCGCCUCCGAUGAAGGUGCGGCGAACCCGGAUGACGACCAGGCUACGCUGCUCGCCGUGCCCCUCAAGCGACACGUCCGCGACUACCUCACUAUUGAGUCUCUGCGCGAGGUCGCGCGGUCGGUGCGCGGGUCGACGGCGAUGGCCGCGCGGUCGGUGAACCGUCGCUCCACGGUCGACUCCCUGCGAGACUUCGCGCAUGUGCCUAGCGCGACGCCCGAAGCGCCGGCGACGCAAGGCCCGAACGAGCGUGCUGGGUAGCUACGUGAGUGGCCCCCUCAUGUCGUGGCGCGCUCGUGGGUGCGGAUGUCUGCAUAGGGCGUCGAGAGCGCGCGGGCGCAGCGGGGUAUCAAGAGCUCGCGCGCGCACAAGAGGUCUUUCUUCGCGCGCCUCUUCCGCCGCAAGGCCACGGCGCAGGUCAGCGAAGCGGCUCUCGUAGACCUAUGGUAAGCCAAGCACGCUGCGCUGCGCGCUCUCGGCUGGCGUGUUGCUGUCCUGUAGAGGAUCCCUUGAGCCAUCGACAUCUGGCGCUCGAGCCAUCAGCAUAGGGCGCUGGAACCAUCAGCAUCGGGCACCUCGGUCAUCGACAUAGCGCGCCCGGUUGGUCUCGCGGUCGGCCGCGCAUGCAAUCUAACCUUCGAACCUACCCUUUGUACUACCAGGGACGCUUCAUCAGAACGAGCU